AUGGAACGAAAAGGCCUUGGUGGAGAAGAUGAAAUUUGUAAUGAACCGAACGAGAGAGAAACAGAACCGCUUGUUGCUCGUCCUCCUGAGCCGCCUGCAGCGUACGAGAAGUUCCUGGCUGGGCGAGAGAGACAAAAGCCUAAGAGAUGGAUCAUUCCGGCGCAGUUUGCUUUAAAAGUUUCCUUUUGGUCGCUUGGCAUGUGGGGUCAUCGAGUAUGGAAAUACUUCGCUCAGACCUUCCUUGUCAUUGCAGCUAUCAUUUUCUUUGUUUUCAGCGUAAUUUUGAUUGCCUACAGUAGGGAUCCAUCACAGUUUUGCCCUCCUGAUAGCAACUUUUCAUUGUGUUGUUAUCGCUUCACUGUCGCUGUUUUAUUUGCGACUACUAUUCCUUUAUGUCUGGCUUUCAUUGCCUGUCACAUAGUAGGUAAAAGCUCAUCGUCGGCCUUGGUAUGUCCUCCACAGUUCUUGAUUAAGGAAACGCACAAAGCUGUCAUUUUUAUGUCAUUUCUGGCUUUCCUCGCCAUGAAUGCAUCGUUCAGCGUCAACGUCUAUACCGUGUCCGUACUCAAUUAUACGAAUAUCGGAUCCAACGCCAGUUCAACCCAUAAUGACUCCUUACCCUGGUCUGCUAAAGUUUUUAUGGUACUUCCCGCAGCGGAAUUUCUCUUUUCUUGGUUUCUGCUCAACAUUUGUCACGUUUUCGCUGCCAUUUGCAUAGUACUCGGUAGGUUAACUUGCCCAACUGGGUUAUCCUCCCUCACUCCUCAGUAUAGGUUUCCCUGGAGAAAAUCCGCACUAUUAACAAAAGACCUACACACCGGCGACAUACUGCCGGGGGAUAACCCUGCGUUGCAAUAGCUUCCCAUGGGGGGUGGGAAUAGUACCAGGCAUGCUUCAUGCUAAGGAAAUUGGAGUUAAUCUCCAGCCGUUUGUGGACUUUGGGCCUUUGGCUGGUGGGAACCUUUACCUUACCUUAAGUCAAGUGGCUAACAAUUAUGCUCCAGUUAAAGGUGGUUAGGCACAUAGCCAGCUACAUCGCAAAGCCACUUACACGCAAUUUCAAAUCGUCUUACAGGAAUAAUUCCUGACGCAUUUAAGACAACUUUAGUCAAAUCAGUAUAUAAGGCAAAUGAUAAAGAAAAUAAAUCAAAUUAGAGACCAGUUAUAGACCAAUUUCAGUGUUACCGUGUCUUUCAAAAGCCUAGAAAAAAUUUUUUUUGCGAAAGAAUAGUUAGGUCACUAAAAAAAGAACCAUUGACAUCUUAUUUAAAAGCCAGCAUCAUGGAUUUGAGCUUGACAUUGAACCCAGCGUUUCAAUCUCUAUCAUUUAUAUUUAUUGUCCACGUAGUAUAAGUCAAGAACACUACACGUUAGUUCAAUCCCAGUUGACUAAUAUUAUUAUAAGACUCCGGUUUUUAAAGAAUAAAACUCAAACAAGAGCUGUCUUAAAAACUGCCAUUGGCCUAGACCAGUUUGCCUACAGGGAAGGCUGUAACACAACCACGGCGCUCCUUGGUUAAAAUGGUUGGACGGGGCAACAGACUUCGUACGCGUUUUCUCCUUCGACUUCCGCAAAGCUUUUGACAGUGUUCCCGACACGCUAUUGUUUGGAAUAAGCUAAGGUCACUCAAUAUCAAUCCUUACUGGUGAUCAACUGGAUCGUCUGCUUUCUUAGUAACAGGAAACAGAAAGUAGUCGUGGAAGGCACAAUUCUCGGGCCUGUAUUUUUUUCUUUCAUGGUAAACGACAGCAGAUCAAGAGUCACUCUUCCACUGAGGUUAAUAGUAUCGAAAACUGGGCUGCAAAAAACCUAUGAAACUAAACCUCAAAAGACCUGGUAGAUGGUAGUACGUGACAUGAUUUCUAAACCAAUUUCGGGCCACCUUUGGUACAAGGGAUUGAACGGAAAAGCUGGUUGAAACUGCUUCGCAUAAUUUUUGAGGAGAAUCCAUCGGACUGGGACCAUGUUGACAACUUGUUAUGUAAAGCUAGUAGCCGUUUAUACAUUUUACGCGUCUGUGAUUUUGGAUCCCUAAAGAUCAACUGACAAAAUUAUUUGAUCUUUAAAUUAUGCCCCUGGUUUUAAACGGGAUCGAAAUUUGGGGUGCUGCAUGCCGUUCAAUGCAAUUAUCUUGAUGAUAUUGACAAUUUUUUAAACGUGCCUUUAGGUUCGGAUAUACAAAUGUCUUACUUAUAUAUUAUGCAAUGACUGAGGUUGUGAGAAAUCGGGACUGCAAGUUAUGAAAAACUAUUACAGAGAAUCGGAUCCCUACUCGAGCUAUUUCCCCCUAAAAGACAGAGAUCUCUGCGAGAUCGAGGGCAUACUUUUAUUUCACCUGCAGUCAAAAGGGAAGUUUUAAAAGAUUUUUUUUAACAGAUGUCUCUUUCAAUUUUUCUUAUUGUAAUUGAUUUUGAUUGUUAAUUUUAGUGAUUAGCUAAUACAACCAUAUUUUGUGAAGCCACACGUAUGUUGUGACUCUAUUUGUUGUGAAUGAAGACUCUUAUUAUUAUUAUUAUUAUCAUUAUUAUUAUUAUUGUUCUUAGUCACCCUCGAACUUAAAGUUUAUAUCUUGCUGUCACUCUAACUUGCUCUCUUGAUUAUUUCAGGUACCUUUGCAGAAGACACUUUCAGACUCAUCCGGGACCCUCAAAACAGAACCCUAGAUGACGUCAUCAGAAUUCAUGAAGACUUUUGUAACGUAGUUUUUAGUACUGCGUCAGUCUACAGUGUUUGGUUUUUGCUGCACUUGAUUACUUAUAGCGUAGGCUACAUUUUGUUCUCGACAAAGUUUUUUCUAGACAUAAAUCGACCUCUCUCAGAAUUCAAUAUGAGAUUGAUUUUUAAUGGUCUUCAUCUGCUAUUUCUCUUUUAUAUUUUUGUAACCCCGUUUAUAUUUGCCGCAAGGAUCUCAAGCGAUUGUGCAGGUAAGGUACCGCUUUCUUUAAAUUCCUACAAAGGAAAGCAACGCCCGCACUCGGCUUAAUAGAAUCAAUGAGAAAUUGAAUAGCGAGCAAGUGCGUUGUUCAUUAUAUUUCCUGGCAAAGUCUCCAACAGAAAGUCGAAAUAAGUUAUAUUUAUUUAUUUAUAUAUUUAUAAGUGCAACGGUUAUCCAAACACCGUGGAGUCAAUGUAAAGUUGAACUCCUUUAAGUCUUCUUAGAAUGCUUUUGAAAUGUCAUAAUAAACCGAUAAAAUGAUUCAGGUGAGCUUAUUUCUAAAACUUCCAAGAUCUAACAUUUACAUAGCAUGGUAAUACUUAACAAAAACUAAAAAAUCAAAAAAGCUAUAGUAUGUCUAGCCAAAGUUUUGAAAACGUUACCGCCAAAUGGACCUUUUUUGUCCAACAGCUUUUCUUUUUCGGCCAAAAACUAUCUCCAAAGUAGCCAUUAUAAAAACUAAGAGUGCAUGCAUGCAACCGUUGCUUUUUUUCCCUUCUUCUCCUUUCUUCCUCCUCGCUCCUUCUUGUUCUCCUUCCCUUUUCCUAUGUCAGUGUGAUUUUGGAUCUUAUUCUAGCCCACUGAUAACCUACCUUUUGACGCCUUUUCACUCAUAAGUGACUGCAAAUUUCCAUAGGUUGGUUUUCAAAAAAUCGGCUAGAUGUAUAUUAGGCCUAUUAUACUGGAUCUAUUUCUAAGGCACGACACUUGAAUCUUUGAACAAAGCAAGGAGACCGAGCCAGAAUAUCAAAUGGGCAAAAUGUUUAUUAUAAGUGUUAAAGAGGCGGCGAUAGCCAACUGAUGUACACUAAUUUUUAUUUUGUUCAUCUCGUUUCGGAAUAGCCUGCGACACAUGCAGACGUAAUUUAAGGCCGGUUAGUCUGCGAAGCAGCGCCGAUGCCCUUGUUCUGGAAAUGCGUUUCGAAUUUUCUUUCAGUCUGAUGGGCAAAUCGACGAUAAGAUUUUUUUAAGGCCAAUCAUGACGCGUACUCAAAUCCUGGUACGCAUGUGGGGGGCCCCCGAGCAAGGAUUUUCGCAGACGGACUUAACCAGAAGUUUAUUUCCGUCUGUGACGCAGGCUAAUUUCUGAACGCUAGCGGUGUUAACUGAAUGGAUACAAAGAAUUAUAUGGAGUACAAUUGCACUUUGCUAACCCUAUUCAGACGGGCAUUUUUUUGCCUCAAGUGACGGCCACCAAAAUAUUGCAUUAAUAACUUCCCAACAUUUCCAACAUCUAGGCAUAACUGUGAUCGACACCAUGACGUUAUUUCACAACUAUGACGUUAUAUUGUCGAUCCAAACUCCUCUCGAAGUGCCACAAAGCGAAAAAUACUUAAAUGCUAAGGUGUCCGAUGAAAUCAAGGAGUUGCUAAGGCCCUGUUCGCAUUAAGUAAAGUUUGUUUGUUUUGCAAAAAAAAAAAAAAAACUGUCAACAAGAAUUAAGCCAUUUCCAGUGCGAACGAUUUUUUUCACCGACUAAAGUUUUCUCAACUGUCACCAAAGCUCAAAGAUACCGUCGAGGAGACUUGGAGGCCUACAUUUUUUUUGUCAGGUAAAAAACUCCUUUGUUCCUUGACAGCGAUCCUUCGUCGGGCCCUCUUAUUUCGCGAGCGUAGCCAGUUAUUAAAAGUUCCUUUAAUUGACGUUUCUGGUUAGAAGAAAAAUUUCACAGAUGCGAACAAGGUUGCAAAAUCAAAAAAUUGGUGUGUACAAAAUUCCCACUUUUUUUUACAGACGCCAAAUUAUGUUUUUUUUUUCUUUUUAGUAGAACGGUGCGAACAGAACUCAACACACAUACAUAACUUUGUUGUGUGUGGAGUCACUUGCUUGUCACAAGACGUAAAAAAAUCGUUGCAGCGACUUAUCAUGGCACGUAACAAUGCACGGUGCCUCUAUCUAAUAUUUAGUACCUUUCAUUUAAGAGUUUUACGCCUUCUAACUUGCUGUCUUUCUUUCUCUUUAUUUCAAAGAAAUCUACGAGAAAGUCAACUGCUCCACUUCUGAUGACUGGAAUGAAGGCCAUCCGUUUAAAGAUCGUAACAACAUCUCCUUGUUCGUCUCCUACGCUAAAAAGAGGCGAUGCGGAUUUAGAGUUGGAAGAAUCACGUUCGGCGAUUCUCUAGCCUGGGUGUCUUUUCUCGUUGGAGUUACAGGUGUUUUAUUGCCACUAAUCCAAGAUGGAAUUUCCACUUAG